AUAUCUGUCAACUUAUCAAACCCCCCUUAUAUUGAUAACUGGGAAAUUGUCACGUCCCUUUAUACAGGAUUAUUAAUUGUACAGAUAAAUCUGAUUAAGUUGUAUUGUGAAACGUUAAUUUUGUGGGAGUCAUUAUAACAAUAAUAAAAUCGUAUUCUAAAUCGAAUCCAUCCUGGAAGGAGCAGUAGCCAAUUGGGGCAGGCAACUGCAAUUGUCCAUGAGCAGAGCAAUGGGUCUAAUUUAUGAGACUUCCUUCUCUGCUGCGGCAUAUUCUGUGCUGUAGCCACAAUCUACCUGUGGCCGGUAAAACAAGAAAUGAAGUGCGUAUUUGUCAUGCAAAUGAUCUUACAGAUUGGACAAAGGAAACGUAGAAGUGCAAGUUCCCUUUCAACUUGGUCCUGUACAUAUGCCUUGACAUUGUCUGAAAGAAAAAGUACUUUGAUUCUAAUAUUUACAUGAAAGUUUUCAAGACUUUCCUCUUAUUAAUAUAUUCUCAUCUUACAACUCUUCCUUCUUAAUCUUCCUGAGCAACUUCCCAAAGCACAGGCAAUGGAUUUUCUUGAAGACCGACCAAUCAUCUGCGACAGUGGAUCCGGCUUUGUAAAGGCUGGUUUUGCUGGUGAUGAUGCUCCUUGUGUGGUAUUUCACAACAUAAUAGGCCGGCCUCGAAACAAGCAUGCCAUGAUCGGUAUAGGACAGAAGGAUAUGUACUUCGGAGAUGAAGCACAAGCAAGGAGAGGAAUUCUCAAAUUAAGCCAUCCAAUCCAUCAUGGACUUGUCAGAGACUGGGAAGCAAUAGAGAGAAUCUGGGAGCAUACCUUUGACAGGGAACUCAGAGUCACAAUAGAAGAACAUCCUGUUCUUUUAACAGAAGCUCCACUCAAUCCCAAAAUUAACAGAGAAAAGAUGGUUGAGAUCAUGUUUGAAGCCUUCGAGAUCCCAGCAACAUAUAUAGCUAUGCAGGCUGUGUUAUCUCUUUACGCCAGCGGCCGGACUACAGGUGUUGUUCUGGACUCUGGAGAAGGAGUUACACAUGUAGUUCCUAUUUAUGAAGGGUACGGGCUUCCACACGCCAUCCAUAGGCUUGAUUUGGCAGGAACGGACCUUACAGACUAUCUCACAAGGAUCCUAGCAGAAGAGGGCUACAUUUUCACCAGUUCUGCAGAGAAAGAAAUCGUCAGGGAUAUAAAAGAACGAAUUUCAUAUGUGGCAAUGGAUUUCGACAAAGAGCUCGCUACAUCAAGAAAAUGCUCAGAGCUAGACAAGAACUAUGAAUUGCCUGAUGGGCAAGUCAUAACAGUGGGAGCUGCACGGUUCAGGUGCCCAGAAGUUCUCUUUAAACCAAGCAGGUUAGGGAUGGAGGCAGGGGGUGUGCAUGAAAUAUUAGUGAGGUCAAUCAGAAGGUGUGAUAUGGACAUCAGGAGAGAAAUGUUUAACAAUGUGGUGCUUAGUGGGGGAACUACAAUGAUACCAGGCCUGGCUAAUCGGUUGGCCAAGGAGGUUAGCUCUUUGGCACCUCCUGGAGUGACGGUGAGAGUGGUUGCUCCGCCGGAGAGGAAGUACAGUGUUUGGAUUGGUGGCUCUAUUUUGGCUUCCUUAAGCACAUUUCAGCAGAUGUGGAUAACCAAGGAAGAGUACAUGGAGUCUGGAUCUCCCAUUGUGCACAUGAAGUGCUUCUAAAAAAUUUGGUUUUCUUUUGAAACAAUGCAUGUAAUGUAUCUCUAUUUUUUAUUUAUUAGUUGUUAUACACUAAAAUUAGGAUUUUAAUCUUAAUUAUUACACCUAAAAUUAUAGUA